GGACUGUGCGGGAGCUUUCUUCACGAAUCACAGGCGUCUGACUCCAUGAAAAAGGAACGAACAAGAUAACCAAGGGCAGUACCGUAGCUGUUUGGCGGGAUGAAGGCUUCAAGUGGAAGCAAAAGGAAAGCUCCAACCUGUAGUAGCUGCGGUGCGACGGGGCACAACAAGUUGGCUUGCCCAAAGGCCAUCGGUCCUGAAGAAGCAGCACUUAAAGCAGCAAAGGCUGCUGAGAGAGCUGCAGCGAGGAAGGAGAAGGAUGAGCAAGAGCAAGUAGAUCGGCUGGCGGAUCUACUAGUAAGAAAUGCCAUUGAUGGGGAUCCUAGCGUUCUCUCAGUCCUGAAGGGCGAUGACGCCAUGUCGAAGCUCCUUGGCCAAUUCAGGGGGCUGUUGGAGACGAUAGCCUAUGAGGAAGAUGCUGAGGAGGGAGCAGAAGGGGGGAAUGCUGAGGAGGGGGAUGAAGGAGAGGGGGAGGGACUUGAAGAGAACAUUGCGGCUGAGCCCAUGGAAGGACGCUCUGAAACUGAGCGUGUGGCAGAGGAGGAAAGGGGACUUCCUCAAGGCGCUGCCACAACUCGUCGCCGAGAUGUGUGCGAUCAUCGAGCACGUCGCCAGGUUGCGAGACAACAUGAAGGGGUGUCGGCCUUUGGUAUUCUCAGCAACUUCAAAUUGUGGUUCAUCGUCAAUUUCACCUUGGUCGAGAAGGACGCACAAGGGGCCUGGAAGGUGGAGGUUGCGACUGCCGGACCGUACCAAUUGUACGACCUCAAGACGAAGGAGAUGCACUCGGAUGCGCGGGAGCUGAUGAGCCAUGUCUGCUACCUCCUUAUCCCGUCCAUGCAAAAGGAGCCACGUAAGGCGUGGGAAGACAUCUCCCGGCUGUUUCACGUGUAUCACCACUCGCGGGCUGGGGAGGUGGUGGACAAGAUGGACAAUAUCGACCACGAGAAGUUGCGCCUCAAGGAGGAGAUGAAGAAGAUGACGAGCGGCUGAAUCGAGAACGGGACGAGCUGCUUGAAAAGCUUAAGAAGGCGGGCAUUCAAUGAGACUGUUGAGGUGGUUUUAGAAGUUGGGG